AUGUUUUUGAAAUUGUACACAUUCACAUUAGUGUUGUUAUAUCCUGCAAUAUCGCAUAAGGUUCCCAUUUUCUUCACUAAACUCCCUAAUUCUGACACACAUUUAACUAAUUUAUACAACGCUGACCAGAAUCUACAGCCGGGAAUCGAAUUCCAGCAUCCUAAAUCCCUAAACAACAACAAUGAUAAUAAUUUAAAUAAUAAUAAUAUAAAUAAAACUACUGAUAUAAAUAAUAAUAAUGUAAACAACAGUGUGAAUAAUAAUAAUAAUCGAGUGGAAAUUAGUAAUAAAGAAUUAUCGGAAGAGGCGUACAAAUUGAACGAAGAGUUAAAGGAUAUGGGAGAGGCAAAGGAUAAAAUGAAAGAAUUAGAAAAGAGUGAAAAGGAUUUAUCGGAAAAGCUGAGCGAUACAAAUUAUGAAAAGUUGAAUGAACUGGAAAAACACUCAGGAGAGAACAUGACACAUUAUAUCCAGGUACAAUUAGUAUUAAUUAAUGUCAAUAUUAUAUUAGAGUUAAGGGAACAACCUAUAGUACUAAUAGCCAAAUCAUCUCAAGACGAUAAAAGAAAAGCAAAUCAAUUAGCACACCUACAAGGGUUUGAGGAUUUAAUGAAUAAUAUAACAUCACCAUGUAAUUUAAUGGAGGAAUUGAGAGAAAAAUCAGUUAAUAAAAAUGAUGAUAUGAGGGGCAAAUAUGAAAGAGAACAGAAAGUAUUGGAUUCAAUGAAUUGGAAGGAAAGACUUAACUAUGACAAUAAUAUGAUCGAGCAUUAUGAGUCAAUAAUGAGUGAAAUAGAAGAAGGAAUAAGACGCGCAGAGGAAGAAAUUGAAAAUUCCUGGAACCAGAAUAUAUAUUAA